GCUUCUUCACAUUCUUAACUGAACCACAGGGAGACCGAACAAAAUAGAAAAAAAAAAAAAAAACGUACAGAUCUCCGAUCAGAGCCAAAUUUAAAAUCGACGAAGAGGAUAACAAAUAGCGAAAGAGCUUUACAGAGAGAAGAGAUGCUGCCAACUUCAGUCUCUAAAGGACGUUCUUCGUCCGCCACGUCACGAUCAAACUCCAUGCUCCCACAGUACCUUCGUCGAAUCAUCAAGUGGCAACAAAUGGAUAUUGAAUAUACUUUCUGGCAAAUGCUUCAUCUAUGCACUUCACCAAAAGUUGUCUAUCAGCACACAAAGUAUCACAAACAAACUAAGAAUCAAUGGGCCCGUGACGAUCCUGCCUUUGUUGUAAUCUGCAGCCUCCUUUUGUCAGUUGCAACCAUGGCUUAUUGUGCCGCGUAUGACCAAAGUGCCACACAUGCUGUUUUUGUUGUAAUUUCAGUUUUGCUUUUCCAUUUUCUGAUUACAGGAGCGGUUCUGGCCACUUGUUGUUGGUUCCUGACAAAUUCUUACCUUCGGGAAGAGUCUCCAAACAGUCAUGUGGUUGAGCAACGAGUUGAAUGGCUGUAUGCAUUCGAUGUGCACUGCAAUUCUUUCUUUCCAUUGUUUGUUAUGCUUUAUGUUAUACAUUAUUUUCUCUCACCCCUUUUGGUAGCUCAUGGUUUCAUCCCUGUAUUACUGUCAAAUCUGCUUUUCAUGGUGGCUGCUUGUUACUAUCAUUAUCUCAACUUCUUAGGUUAUGAUGUACUGCCAUUUCUGGAAAGGACCACAUUUUUCCUCUAUCCAAUUGGAAUUUUUAUUGUCCUUUCUCCUAUUCUGAUUUUAAGUGGCUUCAAUCCUUCGAGAUACUUUAUGAAUAUGUACUUUAGUCAGAGGUUAUGAAUCAUACAGCUUAAAACUUUGGAUAGCACAUAAUUGAGGUGGUGGAAAAUUUGAGGACUGCAUCAACACUAGAUGGCUUGAUGAUUAAUCUACAUGUAGGAGGGAAGGCACGAUCACUAUAUAGUUAUUCUUGCCUUUUGGCUUUUGGUAGUCCUGCUGACAGUGAAUUGAAGUUAAGAACCUACUGAAUGAGCUCAGGAUCAAGGUAAUUUUGAUCAAAUGGAUUAGUAGAAUGUAUUGAUUCUGACCCAUGUCAUUUUCAUCAAAAUAUUUUGUUGUCUACCUGCAAAAUCAGGGCAGUUUUUUUUUUUUUAAUUUUUUGUCCUCAAAUAUAUGCCGACAUUUGAAGUUACAUGUAUUGGCUAAAUCAUGAAAUUAGUGAGGUUGCAUGUGCGAAAUGUAUGAUUUUAUGGUUGUUUGUUGAGAA